UUCUUUCUUUCUUUCUUUUUUUUUUUUUUAGAUCUGAGGCUGUCAGAGAUGACUCUGGUUCUGUCCAUGAAUAGAUUCUGCGAGCCCAUUGUCUCGGAAGGAGCUGCUGAAAUUGCUGGGUACCAGACACUAUGGGAGGCUGACAGCUACGGAGGCCCAAGCCCCCCUGGGCCAGCACAGGCUCCUCUGCAGGGAGACCGGGGAGCCGGUCCCCCACUGGCAGGAUCACAUUACAGGGGAAUUUCAAAUCCUAUAACAACAUCCAAGAUCACAUACUUUAAGAGGAAGUAUGUGGAAGAAGAGGAUUUUCACCCACCACUCAGCAGCUGUAGCCAUAAAACCAUCUCAAUUUUUGAGGAACGAGCCCACAUCCUUUAUAUGUCAUUAGAAAAGCUAAAGUUUAUCGAUGAUCCUGAGGUAUACCUGCGAAGAUCUGUCCUUAUAAACAAUUUGAUGAAAAGGAUCCAUGGAGAAAUCAUCACGCAGAGUAACUGGUGCUUUCCUGCCUGCUCUUUCAAUGGCACCUCUGCUCAAGAGUGGUUCAUGGCUCAAGACUGUCCCUACCGAAAACGACCACGGAUGGCCAAAGAGGAGUGUGAAAAAUUCCAUGCCUGCUGCUUUUACCAAGAAUGUGGUGGUCACUACCUAAAUGUACCCCUUUCUGUCCAUGCUAGCGUUGGAAGUGCCUCCACCACUGUCCCCUCUUCCUCCUCAUCCUCCUCUUCCUCUCCCCCUCUACCUUUACCGAGUUGUUCCCACCAGGUGGAUUUUGACGUAGGCAGCGCACCUAUUUACAAGGGUGAUGGCCAGAUACCUGCCAAUGAAAUCUUUGUUACUAAUGUCAGGUCGCUAGGUGUUCAGGAAAAGGCCACCGUAAGUGAUGAGAAAGCAAAUCAUGACACCAACAGGGAUGGUGGCCCCAUAAGCCAUGAACCUGUGGGAAAUGACCUGGCUUUUGAGUGCAAAGGCCAAUUUUAUGAUUAUUUUGAGACUGCAUAUAAUGAAAAAAGCAAUGUGAGCGAGUCUUGGAAAAAAUCCUUAAGGAAAAAGGAGCCUUCACCAAGUAACAAACUGUGCUGCAACAAAGGGAGUAAAAUAUGAGCCAUCUUUUCACCGAAACUCUGAAGCAUGCACAGCAUGAUCAAUUAGCUCUCAUAAAUUUUAUUUUGAAUGGAUUUUAUAGUUUUGUACAACUGAUAAAAUUAUGCCAUGAACAUGCCGUGUCGUUUUAAUGCCUGGAGAGCAGAUUGCAUAAAACAUCUGUAUAGUAGGCAUCAGCGAGCUACUUACAAAUGUGGUGAUUUUGCCCAAAAACCAGCUGACUUAAUGCUUAAAAGUAGACCUUAGUUUUCUUAUGGAAAAGGUCAGUAGAUUAGCCUGGGGGCAGUGUGCCCUUGUGAUCUUUCCACUACCCCCAAGGAAUCUGUCACUAGCUAAGAAACUUCCAAUAUGUUCGCCAACUAAUUAGGUAGUUAUUUGGUAAGCAAACCAAAACAACCAGCAAAAGAUGCCUGCUUCUACGUGACUAUUUUUUUUCUGAAUAAAAGACUGAAGACAGGGAGCUAGAUGAAGUGGCCUCGUGGUGCCAUUAAGUAUUUAUAUUUAACAGUCUUGCGUGACAGAUGAAAAGAGGAUGGAACGUAAUGAAACACCAGUCUUGGGGUGGCAAUCAACAAUAUGUAUAGAGGGGUGAUCCCUGCAAGUUCCUGGCUUGCCUGUGAUGGGUGAUUUGGCUGUUAAAGAGAGGUGUUAUACAGGGCGAUUUUUGGUGCCUUACUUUAUCUUAAUUUUUGCCAAUGUGCAAAUUAAGGAUAAAUCAGAGUUACAGCAGGGAUUUAACAAACAGGAAAAAAAAUACACAGGGUGGAUCAAUAUCGUUUGGAAACCGUUAACUUCGAAACUAUUGCGUUCAAUUUUUGAUUCAACAUCUCUAUCCUUUCUUUGUUUUUGAUGCCCAAUUGCUUUUGGAUUUGGCAUUUUUAGAAAGGGAUGGGGGCAACAAUAGAGCUGUUAGAAGCCAGCACUAAGCUGCUUGAGCUUUUUCUAUGGCAACGGUCUGUUGCUGGGGUUUGGGUUUUUUGGGUUUUGGGUUGUUUAGUUUUGUUUUGUUUUCUUGUCCAAUGAAGUUCAUGAACCAGUGGCAUGCAUUAUACUUUAAUCUGUUUUGCAUCAUUUCACUCGUUUAGAUUAUGAAAGCAUGUGGUUUUUUAUAUAUGACUUUUGCUGUUGAUUAAGAAGCACAAUGUUAAUAAAUGAUGUGGUGAUCAAUAAGGUUUUAUCUUAAAGAAUGUAAAGAUUUUAGUUUUUGGAAAGUUAUUUUGGAGAAAUGGGACUCGGCUGGCAAUAGCUACCAUGUAUUUGGUCAACAUGUUUCUCAGUGAUUUCUUUAAUUUGUACGUUUGCAAGAGCGUGUUCAGAGUGCCCCUCUGACCGUCUGCCCUUCUCCAGCCAACUUCUUCCACACUGUAUUGCAGUUUCCAAGGUUGCUAAUUGACUUGGGCCUCCUUAAACAAUACUUCACAGGAACCAAAUGCCAAAUGGAGGAAAUAAGUACGUCCUCCCAGUUUCUCCAAGAUAAAGCUUUUUUAUUAUUGCUAUUAAUAUUAAAUAUAGGUCUCAUUCAUACAGUGUAUGAGUAGGAUCAUUUGGACAAUGUCCACAAGGACCAAUUUUUAAAACAUGUUCUUGUGUUAUGGCUAAAUAGUCUAGUAAUGUUUUGUCCUUUAUUUUCAAUAUUUGAUAAACAUUUGAUGUUGAAAACUUAGAUGAUAGAUGCUUGUAUAUGACUGUGUUGUUGUAAUAAAGUGAGGUUUUCUUGAUAUAUAUUUAUUAAAAUGAUCAAAAUUCAU